ACAGCAUCUUCUAACAAUAGCGCUCUGUAAAGUAAAAACAAAACGUGUCCUUUUUAUCCAAACUACCAUCUUUGGUUUUCUUAUUUUGUUAGUUAACUCUCAACGUAAGCUUCAUCAGACUCAACAAAAAUAAAGGACGGAGAGACAAUAAAAGCAUUUAUACCUGACAAAACCAAAAACGUGUCCUGUCCGCACGUCCUUUUUGAUUACAAUACUAAGUUUAUGAAAACAUUCACAUUUACGCUAAUGGCGGUACGCGACGCGACUUAAUAGUAUUCCGUAUCCGGGUAUUAUUUGAAUUAACGGCUUAAUUCAAUUUGUGUUUUCUUUUUUUGUUCAAACAUAAGAGCAAAGUUUUUAUAUGUGUUUAGGUUUAGUGAAGGAAAAAAUAAUAAUAUAAAAAAAAGUGAUAAAGUCAGUUUUCCAUAAUUGAAAAAUUGUGUAUCGUCAAUUAAAAAAAAAGUAUGCAACAUGCAUCUUCAUGAAAAGGUAUAUGCAGCUUCAGUUGAGGGAGGCAUUUCUCCUGGAAAAAUAAAUUAAAGUUUAAAGAUAAAAUAAAAUAUUAAGAAAAUAAAAAAAUAAAUAGAAAAUCCACUCUGUCGCUCAUAAAUACAAAAAAUAUAUAUAGAUCAAUUUAUAUUUAUCCACGUACAUAAUAUUUAUGAAUAAAGUGAACACAAGUGACAAAAUCGUCGUCGUCGAAAUCACAAAUUACUCCGGCAGCACAAAACUAAGAUACAAAUCAAAUAUUAUGCGAUGGCUUCGUAUAUUACCAGCGGCAAUAAUUCCUUAUGACAACUUCAAUGGCGAUAGGCAACUGAAACUGAAACAUCUACUCAGGGAGCAGCUAAAUAUUUAUGAUAAAAAAUACAGGAUAACAUAUUGUAUUGGAUCGUUAUUGCUAUUAUUUUUCGUCCCAACAACACCGUGGAGUGUGGUAAAUGUAAACGUAAACGUAAACGUGAGGAAUUCGACAAAAAAGAGUACUACACAAUCUGGAACCACAUCGUCGUCAUCGUCGUCGUCGUCCUCGUUUUUGUGCUCGUCCUUGUCAUCAUCGUUGUCGUUGUCAACAACAACAACAACUAUAAAUAGGAUCCCUAGAGUCACUAGACAUCCUGCGUAAACUUAUUAUAUAAUUUUGUCUUGGUUUUGUUGUUUCCUUGAAAAAGCAAAAAAAAUAUUUUGUUGUUGUCCUUGUUUUAUUUUAUAAAUUCGAGAAUAAAAAAAAAGCUGCAGAAAACAUAAAUACCCUUGUGUGUAUGUGUGGAUUACUAUCGGUUUAAGGAUAUCACAAUAAUGUUGACCACUCAUCACUUGCACAGUCAUCAUCAUCAUGCUCCCACAACAUUGGAAUUGGAGAAAAUUACGAAUUUAAGCACGCUUAUCGUUGAAAUUAACAGUCAAGUAGCAUUAUUUCGAGACAUGCUAAUCCACGUUGGCCAAUCAAAAGACUGUCCUGAAUUACGUGAAAAAAUUCGAAAAUUACGAAGAUCCUGCAUCGAAGCCUGCAAACAUACUGUGCAGAUAAUAAUGCCACAAGUCAAAAGUGCCGUUGCUGAUGGCAUCUUAACGGACAAUCCACAUCUCGUCCUGCUGUUCUAUCUAUCGCAAUUAUUCUUACGUGAAUUAGUUAAGAGCUACCGUCUUAUACAAGUAGUACCAAUGGAUAUGUCUGGUUAUUAUGAAAACCGUGCUGGUCCGUCGAAUCUUGGCAACGUAAUAAGUCAAAUUCUACUUUGUAAACAAAUAACACCCGAUUUCAAUCAGGAAGAAUUGUGCAGUAUAACGAAGGACUCACAGGAAAUUGCUAUGCUUCUGGCAGAAAUGCAAGAAUAUAUGCCUCAGCAUGAAACGUAUCUGGAAAGAAAUGCUGCUCUUUCCAAUGACGCAAAUGGACCAUGGCCAGCGAAACGAAGACGAAAUUCAAUUUACAAAAAUAUGGGACUUCUCUGCUGUGUAUCUCGACCAAAUUAUCUCUGAAACGAGACCUAGCAUUAGAUGCACUCAGUUGUAAUCUAAUAAAUAGGUAAUAAAAAGUAAAACAAAAUGAAAAACAAAUCAUCAAAAAUAUAAUCAUUAUUCAU